AGCAAGAUGAGGGCGGUUUGGAGCCCUGUAUAAGAGGAAGGACGGGGCCACAGCUGACUGCUGUGUCCCCACAGACUUGGACCUCCUGCUGCCCACCAUGGCCAAAAGUGGAGAGGCCCUGCCUCAGGGCAGCCCAGUGCCGGUCCAGGACCCCCACCUCAUCAAGGUGACCGUGAAGACGCCAAAGGACAAGGAGGAUUUCUCAGUUACAGACACUUGCACCAUCCAGCAGCUGAAGGAAGAGAUAUCACAGCGCUUUAAGGCCCACCCUGAUCAGCUGAUCCUAAUCUUUGCUGGCAAAAUCCUCAAGGACCCUGACUCACUGGCCCAGUGUGGGGUCCAAGAUGGCCUCACUGUUCACCUGGUCAUCAAAAUGCAGCGACGCACCAUGGGCAUGGAGAGCCCAGCUGCUUCAGUCCCUACCCCAGCCCCAAGCUCUGGAUCACUCCCUCAGCCAAACUCCAUUUACCCAACAGAUGGGCCACCCACCUUUAGCUUAGGUGUCCUCACUGGCCUCAGUGGGCUAGGCCUGACCUCUGGUAGCUUUCCUGACCAGCCAAGCUCACUGCUGUGGCAGCACGUGUCUGUGUCUGAGUUUGUGGCUCAGAUCAUCGACAACCCCUUUAUCCAGGGUCUGCUGUCCAACACAGGCCUGGUGCGCCAGCUGGUUCUUGACAACCCCCAUAUGCAGCAGCUGAUCCAGCACAACCCUGAGAUAGGGCAUAUUCUCAACAACCCUGAAAUCAUGCGGCAGACCUUGGAGUUUCUACGCAACCCUGCCAUGAUGCAAGAAAUGAUGCGGAGCCAGGACCGGGCACUCAGCAACCUGGAGAGCAUCCCUGGUGGCUACAAUGUGCUCCGUACCAUGUACACAGAUAUCAUGGACCCUAUGUUUAACGCAGUACAGGAGCAGUUUGGGGGCAAUCCCUUUGCUACCUCCGUGGCUGCUAAUGCCAGCAGCAGCAGCAGCCAACCUUCAAGGACAGAGAACUGUGACCCUCUCCCCAACCCCUGGGCUUCCACAUACACAGGCUCAGGCAGCAGGCGAGGCAGAAGGCCUGGGGACCUGAAUGUAUCUGAAAUUAGAAAUAGGUUUCCCAACAUUCUAGGUAAUAUAGGGCUCAAUGACUAUUUCCAGCAAUUACCCCAGGACCCCCAGUCCCUGGGAACCUAUCUGCAGGGGAUUGCAUCUACUUUCAGCCCAAGCCAAGAUCUACCACCACCAUCACCACCAGGAGGAAGCCAAGUUCCUCCAACUUCCCCAUCAGGCCAGCCUAUCCCCAAGGAGUCAGUAGCAAUCAAGGGAAAGUCGUCCUGCCCAGCAUUCCUGAGAUACCCCACAGAGAGCAGUAUGAGAAAAGAUGGAGGCCAAAGUGGCACAGGGAAUGGCUCCACUGGCCACAGCACCAACAUAUCUGAUCUUGUCUCCGGGCUGGGGAAUGCUGCCAGCAGGGCCCCAUUUGUUCCUUCACCACCUUCUCCCACAGCAGCUAUGGCAGAAUUCCCUGAGCAUGCCUGGUUGCCGCCACCAGGUUAUCUGAGAUCUCUGAGGCCAGCCAGCAUGAAUCAGACCCCACAGCUGCAGGACGAGAUGCGCUGGCAGCUGCCGCUGCUGCUACAUCUUCAGGCAGCCAUGGCCAACCCUCGUGCCAUGCAUGCCCUGCUGCAGAUUGAGCAGGGUCUGCAGAUCCUGGCUACUGAAGCACCUUGCCUCCUGCUCUGGUUCAUGCCUUGCCUCACAGGUCUGGGAAGCAUGGCAGCAGGUACCGAGCCCAGAGAGGGUGCCCUCAUGCCUGAAGAUUGCCUUCCAGCCCCAGCUCUUGAGGUUCCCUCAGCUCCAGGCUCUGUGGAGCUGGGCCUCCAUUCCAGUCCCUUCCUCCAGAUGUUGCAAUCCCUCACUGGCUCCCAUCCCCAGCAGCGGCAGACCGAGACUCACUUCCAGGUACAGCUUGAGCAACUGCGGGCCAUGGGCUUUCUGAAUCCUGAAGCCAAUCUCCAGGCCCUCAUUGCCACAGAGGGUGAUGUGGAUGCUGCUGUGGAGAAGCUGAGGCAUUUGUAGGAGCCCUGGUCGUUCGGACCAUAUCUUCUCCUCUGUGCACCUCUCCCCCCGUGUCCCGCUCCCUUACCUCCCCGAUUCUUGAAUGCAGCUGCACUAUGAACAAAAUUUACUAUGAUGCUCUUUGCUGUGGAGACAAUGUUGUUCCAGAGUCAGUGAGGAGGAAUGAGAGCCAGAACAGGGUGGGGGUGCCAUGAGAGACCCAACCGCCCCUGCCACUGUAUCAUCAUGGGGCCCCCAUCUGAGCUCUGCUCAUGCCUAUCCUGAGAUGCAAUUACAUCCAAUCUCCAGUGUCA